AUGUCGCUCCGGCGCCUCCUGGGCCUCUCCACCGCUGCCGUCUCCGGCCGCUACCUCUCCACCGCCGGCGCCGUCUCCGGCCGCCUUCGCCGCUCCCUCUCCACCGGCGCCGCCUCCUCGCACCCGCCACCAUGGGCCAUCAUCGACCACUCGGCCGAGGUUGACCGGUCGUCGUCGGCCCAGACCGCGUGCUUCCGCCCCGUGGGCCCUCCGGGCGUCUCCAGCAUCUCCGCCCCGGCGCACCUCAUCGACCCCACCGCACGCCCCACCGCGGACGGCGGCAGGGUCCAAUACCUCGGCGGCAACGUCGUCCAGGUCCUCUUCGGCCACGUCGGCGCCGCCAGCGGCGACGGCCACCUCCUGCUCAGCUACCACGACCUCCGGGCGGAGGGCCCUUGCACCUCCUGGGACCUCACCGGGAACCCCGAGAUCCAGCGCUUCGUCUGCAACCCCCUCACCGGCGAGAUGCUCCGCCUUCCCGACAUCGGCGGCUGCAGGAAGAUCCUCGUCGUCCACCACAUGGGCCUCCUCACCCAGGCCGACGGAGGGCCCGGGUGCGGGCCGCCCGACAGGUUCGCCGUCGCCGACUUCGUCUAUAACGGGGCCCUUGAGCGGUUCCUCUCCGAUGAAGGCAAGUGGAAGACGGUGAUGAUGGGCUCGCCCGGCGGACCGCUGCUCCCGCGCGAGAUGGAGAUGAACCAGGAGACGGUUGCCUUCGGCGGCCGCCUGUGGUGGGUCGACCUCACCCUGGGCGCCGUCUCCGUCGACCCCUUUGCCGACCGGCCGGAGAUCCGGUUCGUCGAGCUGCCCAGCGGCAGCGUGCUGCCUGCGCCUGCAUGUGCUCACGAAACAGAUCUCAGCAAGGUCGAGGAACGGGCUCUGUCCAUGAUGGAGUUGGCCAAGCGCCGGCGCAUCGGCGUGAGCGAGGGGAGGCUGCGCUAUGCCGAGGUGACUCCGGGCGGGCCGUUUCUGCUCAGCUCAUAUGCGCUCGACGACGGCGAGGGCAGCGGCUGGAAGCUGGAGCACCAGGUGUCGCUGAGGAAGGUCUUGGCGGACGGAGGCUACCCGUGGCAGGAGAACUCGGCGCAGUCGUCGCCGCAGAUCGCCGUCCUUGACCCUCUCGACGCCAGUGUCAUUUACAUCAAGGUCGGUGAGCACGUCCUCGUCGUGGUGGACAUGCACAAUGGGAAGGUGAUCGGGGCCUCUCGGCUUGAAGACGAGUACUUUUCUGUCAUACCAUGCGUGCUUCCAGCGUGGCUUGGAUCAAGCCGGAUCCCCACGGCAGCGGCAGGCAAGAUGGAUGUCUUGGAAUCGACAGAUGAUCUGUUUAGUUUCGUCUAG